AUGCACAGGGAUGAACUGAAACGUCACUACAACCUGGGGCAAUACUGGAUCGAGGUGUCCCUCGAGGAUCUGAGCAGCUUCGAUGAGGAUUUGGCUGACUACCUUCUCAAGCAACCAUCUGAACACCUGCCACUGUUGGAGGAGGCAGCGCGAGAGGUGGCAGAUGAAGUGACACGCCCACGCCCAGCUGGUGAGGAGACGCUUCAGGAGAUCCAGGUCAUGCUGCGGUCCAGUGCCAACUCUGCUAAUAUCCGCAGCCUGAAGUCGGACCAGAUGUCUCGUUUGGUGAAGAUUCCGGGCAUUGUGAUCUCUGCCAGCUCAGUGCGGGCCAAGGCCACCAGAAUUGCCAUUGAAUGUCGUGGCUGUCGCAACGUGAUGAGCAACAUCGCGGUCCGCCCCGGGCUGGAAGGCUACACCCUGCCACGCAAGUGCAACACGGAGCAGGCCGGGCGCCCAAAGUGCCCCGUGGACCCAUAUUUCAUCAUUCCUGACAAGUGCAAAUGUGUGGAUUUCCAAACCCUGAAGCUGCAAGAAGCUCCUGACGCUGUGCCUCAUGGAGAGAUGCCCCGACACAUGCAGCUUUACUGUGACAGGUACCUGUGUGAUAAAGUCGUCCCUGGAAACCGUGUCACCAUCAUGGGGAUCUACUCCAUCAAGAAAGCGGGUGCAGGCCGCAACAAAGGUCGUGACCGAGUUGGAGUGGGGAUCCGGGGAUCCUACAUCCGAGUGGUUGGGAUCCAGGUCGACACUGAGGGUACAGGACACGGCCUGUCUGGUACCACAGCCCCACAGGACGAGGAGGAGUUCCGCCAGCUAGCUGCCAUGCCCAACAUCUACGAGACUGUUGCCAAAAGCAUUGCUCCCUCCAUCUACGGCAGCUCUGACAUCAAGAAGGCCAUUGCAUGCCUGCUCUUCGGGGGCUCCAGGAAGCGUCUGCCGGACGGUCUGACACGGCGAGGUGACAUUAAUUUGCUGAUGCUUGGGGACCCAGGGACGGCCAAGUCUCAGCUGCUGAAGUUUGUGGAGAGGUGUUCACCCAUCGGGGUGUACACAUCUGGGAAGGGAAGUAGUGCGGCCGGACUCACUGCUUCAGUCAUGCGGGAUCCAUCCUCUCGAAACUUCAUCAUGGAGGGGGGCGCCAUGGUUCUGGCUGAUGGGGGCGUUGUCUGCAUCGACGAGUUUGACAAGAUGCGUGAGGACGAUCGAGUGGCAAUCCAUGAAGCCAUGGAGCAGCAGACCAUCUCCAUUGCCAAGGCUGGGAUCACGACCACUCUGAACUCACGCUGCUCGGUCUUGGCUGCAGCAAACUCUGUUUUUGGACGCUGGGAUGAUACAAAAGGAGAGGAAAACAUUGACUUCAUGCCAACCAUCUUGUCUCGAUUCGACAUGAUCUUCAUCGUGAAGGACGAGCACAAUGAGGAGAGAGACAUGACUCUGGCCAAACAUGUCAUGAAUGUGCAUUUGAGUGCCCUGACCCAGACCCAGGCAGUCGAGGGAGAGAUCGAGCUCAGCAAGCUGAAGCGUUAUAUCUCGUACUGCCGCACGAAGUGUGGGCCUAGGCUGUCGGCAGAGGCAGCAGAGAAGCUGAAAAACCGGUACAUCCUAAUGCGGAGUGGGGCACGGGAACACGAGCGAGAGAGUGAUCGGAGCAGCAGCAUCCCCAUCACUGUCAGGCAGCUGGAGGCCAUCAUCCGGAUCUCCGAGUCACUGGCAAAGAUGAAGCUGCAGCCGUUUGCCACGGAGCGUGACGUUGAGGAAGCCCUGCGGCUGUUCCAGGUCUCCACCCUGGACGCGGCAUUGUCGGGAAGUCUGGUUGGAGCUGAGGGCUUCACCACAGCGGAGGACCAGGAGAUGUUGGUUCGUGUUGAGAAACAACUGAAGCGUCGCUUUGCCAUUGGCUCGCAGGUUUCCGAACACAGCAUCGUCCAGGACUUCCUCAAACAGAAAUAUCCGGAACAUGCCAUCUAUAAGGUGCUGCAUCUGAUGAUGCGACGAGGUGAGAUUCAGCAUCGAAUGCAACGCAAGGUCCUUUACCGCAUCAAGUAAUGAUGACUGUGGUGAGGGGGUGAGGCUGGGGCCUCUGCAGCCACCUUGCACUGUGUGUGUGAUCCACCCCUUUUCUGCCUGUGUGCCUGCUGUCCUUGCCCUGGGUCUAGAACCAGGUUACCAAGGUGACGUGGCAGUUAUUGGUAACUGGGAGGCUGCAGGUGGAGACAGGCUGGACAAAUGGCCUUUGGACAGCCAUAGCUUUUGUCCUUUUAUUAAUCACUGGAUAAGGAAUUUGUGACACUCUAUCUGACAACUCUUUUAAUUCUUCAAUAAAGUUGCUUGCCAGAAAGGUUUCUGUUUCUAA